AUGCCUUACAGAGAUGUAGUCUCGUUCAAUACAAUCAUUUCCGCCUCCUUUCGUACUAAUGGUACUCUUGGUAAAGGUAUAGAGUUAUUCUCAAAGAUGAAAAGAGAGGAUCUUGAGCCAAAUCAUAUUACAUUAUCUGCACUAAUUGGUGCUUGUGCUGGUUCUUCAGCCAGUAUGAAACUAGCUGAGAUAUUUCAUGGUCAAGCAAUUCGAUAUGGGUUCUUUUCUAAUUGUUUUGUUGGAAGCUCUUUAGUUGAUAACUAUGGAAAGCAAAUGAAAUUAAAGGAAGCUGUGCAUGCAUUUGACGACAUAGUGGAGUUAGAUUUGGUUUCGUGUAACAUAAUGAUCGAUUGUUUUGCACGUAAUGGAUGUAAAGAAAAAGCAAUGAAGAUCUUUUUGAGGUUACGAAGCAAGGGUGUAGAAUUUGAUAGCUUCACUUUGGCAAGCUUAUUAAAAACGUGUUCAGAUUCAAGAGAUUUGAAGAGAGGAAUGGAGAUCCAUGGGUGUGUUAUUAAAAUCGGCUUAUCUUCUGAAAUACCCACCAGUAACGCACUUGUCACAAUGUAUUCCAAAUGUGAAGAAGAAUCAAUUUCUGCAAUAAAAAUAUUUGAGAGAACUCAAGAACCUAAUAUCAUCUCCUGGACUGCAAUUAUCUCCGGGUUUAUGCAAAAUGGGCAGAGCAAGGAGGCAAUUAAGUUCUAUGAAAGAAUGCUAAAAGUGGGGAUGAAGGAAAAUCAGUUCACCUUUGCUAGUAUUCUUCCCGCUUACAGUAGUUUAACAAGGUUGGAGCAAGGGAUGCAAGUUCAUGGCAGGAUAAUUAAGUCCGGAUUUGUGUCAGAUACUUUGGUGGGUAAUGCUCUUAGUGAUAUGUAUUUCAAGUGUGGGAGCUUAAUAGAAGCAAAAUUGAUGUUCGAAACAAUGGAAAAACGCGAUGUUGUUUCUUGGACAAUGAUGAUUACAGGAUUUGGUCAGCAUGGGAAAGGAAAAGAAGCUAUAGACAUCCUGAGAAUGAUGCCAAGUAAAGGAUUUAAGCCAGAUGAUAUUACAUUUCUUGGAGGUUUGUCUGCGUGUAGCCACUGCGGGCUUGUUGAUGAAGGGCUUCAGCUUUUUCGGCAGAUGGUAGAUCAUUAUAGUAUUAAGCCGAGAAAGGAACAUUUUUCUUGUCUUAUUGAUAUGCUGGGUAGGGCAGGAAGGUUGAAGGAAGCAGAGAUGUUUAUUCAAGAAACGGGAGUUGGAUCAGAAGUCUUUGUAUGGGAAGCACUGCUAGGUGCUUGCAGUAUCCAUGGAGAGAUUGAAUUGGGAGAAAGAUCCGCCGAAAAGAUUAUGAAAUUAGAACCAAGAAGAAAUCAACCCUAUGUGUUAUUGGCGAAUAUAUACGCUGAUAGGGGAUUAUGGGAGGACAAGGAAAGAGUCCGGGAGAGCUUGGGAAUGAGUGGGUUGAAAAAAGAGACCGGCAACAGUUGGAUCGCUAUUUAUUGUUUCGAAGGUGUAAAAAUAUCAACCUUCGUGAGGCUUAUUGUUUGGAGACAGUCCUUUAGUCUAUGUAUAUCAAGCACUGCUCUCUGUCCGAGCACUUGGGCGCUACCCCUGACAAAAGACAUAGACUCUUGGCUUAAAUCCGCUUCUCUUUGCCGAAAAAGUGGUAGUAUUAGUCAGGCGCGAUCUACUCUGGUGAACUUCUUACAGUACGACCCAGAAACUACUCUGGGAGAUUUGCGAUAUCAUGGACCUCCACAAGUGAUUAUGGCCUACUUAAAGCAACAAUGGUCUCUUAGAGAAGAUCUGAAACGAUAUGAAUCAUUUGCAAGGUUGCAGAGUUUUCUGGAGCAACAAACAGUUCGCCAAGGGUGCCAGGUGGUUCAGUUAGUUCUUCAAAUCCUCGUAUCUCCCUUAUGGCCCGUGUUUAUCGGAAACUUGGGACUUGGCAGUGGGCACUUUUCUCCAGUGUUAGAUGAUGACACCAUACAAGUUAUAUCUCAGUACAGUGUAAGAGGCUUCUCUUAUUUAGCUGGGCAGUAUGUUGUAGAAGCUAUUACUGGUUACUUCCAUUCAAUUUCAAUUGCAGCAACCACGAAAGGAGUGGAUGAUAGUUUACGGGAUAUCCUUCAUCUUCUCACGUUGUGGUUUAGUCAUGGAGCUACAGCGGACGUUCUAUUGGCUCUACAGAAAGGAUUUGCGUACAUUGAUACCGACACAGGCUGGUUGUGUUGCCUCAGAUAAUUGCCCGAAUACAUUCAAAUAAUAGUGCUGUGAGAGAACUCAUACAAUCACUUCUGGUGCGGAUAGGUCAAGAACAUACACAGAUGCCACCAGGCUGUAUUUUGGUGAACAGGACAUGAAGGAAUGUUAAAUGUUCUGGAGCCACUGCACGAAAGGCUCAAGGUGGGGGCAAGCACUGUUAAUGAAUAAACCUUUAUCCAUGUAGUUGUCUGCUCAAGAAGUAAUUCAUUUUGGUACUUUCAUAGAUCUGGAUUUUGCGGAACUGUUGCUUGGUGUUGUAGCUUAGAGCAGAGAGGUGAAGGCUAGGUGAAUCGAAUUGUGAUUGAUUGCCUAGGUAACAUCCAAUCAUGUCCAGAUCACAAAUUUUGUGGCGAAUUCAAUGUAUUUUCAGCUCAAAUUGUGGUCGACCCUUGGUGUUGAGUGAAUGAGUUAUUAAGCAGAAACCUUACAUACUGGCCGACUGAUUGCUCAAAAUCCAAGGAUUUUCAGAAUGUAUGUUUAUGACCUCGAAGCAUUAACAAGAAUUGAGACCCUGAACUACUGAUCCCUCCAAGUUGGUUAGUCGGGUUUGGUGCAAUGAGUUUGAGGUCUGCUUUGCCAGAUGCUUUAUCGACCAUGUCGCUACCAUAUAUCUCUUGAAUGUUAAAAUUUUCUCCUGGUAUAAACUGUAUUGUUUUUGAAACUGAAUUGUGCAGUGUGGUAAGUUGGAGCUUUGUCAAGGAAUGUUUACCUUUGUAGUCUUUGAGCUUAUGCAGCGAGUUUUUGUUAGGCAUGUUAUGGGAACAUACAAUUCAUACUGAAGCUGUAAAAAUGAUAUUCCUGUC